UUUUAUUUUUAUUUGUUUAUUAGAUGAGAUCAGUGUAACUCUCCUCUGCCGUCAAUCGUCGGCUCUCUCGGCAAUGGCGAUGUCGGCGUCGGCGACGCGAAGACUUCCCCGCUUCCUGAAAACCCAAAAUCCCUUCCGGGGCCCUCCGAGGGCGAGGGCGUUCAAUUUUCUUGUCAGCGAGCACACUGCCAAAUGGCUGCAGGAUACCAGCAAGAAAUCACCGAUGCAAUUGAUCAACGAAGUGCCUCCAGUCAAAUUUGAAGGUCGGAUUGUUGCUUGUGAAGGAGAUAAUAGUGAUCCUGCCCUUGGCCAUCCAAUAGAGUUUAUUUGCCUUGACCUGGAAGCACCAGCGGUCUGCAAACACUGUGGCCUUCGUUAUGUUCAAGACCAUCAUCACUAAGAUGACAGAAUGCAGCUGAAUCUUAACUGAUGAUUUGCUUGAUGCAUCAUAAGAAAAUUUAUGCGUGUUCUCAGCUUUUCAAAGCGUAACUAGCUUAUUUGGACUUUGUAUUGUUGAAGUUUUUUGUUGUCACUGGAGGCAUAAUAAUUAUGAAUAUAUUCCACCAUAAUAGAUUCUUGUCAAGGGAAUUUUCUUUCUGA